GGCCGAGGAGGCGGAGGGCCCCGCAGUCCGAAGAGGGCCUUUGGGGUUGUGGCACCGAGGGACCCGCCGCCCCGCGCCCGCCCUGGACCCGGGGGCGCCGCCGCGAGAGGAGCCGGAGCCACAGGAGGACCGUCAGAGGGCCACAAUCCAAGGAGAAGAACAGCCGGUGAAAAAGAACCUUCUGAAGCCGUUGCCAUGGGUGACAUGAAGACCCCCGAUUUUGACGACCUCCUGGCCGCUUUCGACAUCCCGGACAUAGACACGAACGAGGCAAUCAACUCCGGCCCCGAGGAGACAGACGCUCACAUCAAGCCCAUCCCGGGGGGGGAGGCGGCGGCAGCGGCCCCCGACCACGUCCUCCCCCACGGCGACAUCAGCACCGUCAGCGUCAUCGUCAAGAACACCGUCUGCCCGGAGCAGCUCGACCCCGCGGACGGCCGCCUCAAAGACGGCCACGGGAUCGGGCCCCGCCUGCUGCAGAACGGGUUCUCCCCUGCCGAGGCGCCCUCCUCCCCGUCGGCCGAGGCGGUGGCCCCCACGAACGGGGAGUGCUGGGCGCCGAAGGAGAAAGGGACCAAAGGCCUGGACCUCUUUUCACACUUCAGCCCUGACCCCAGCGAGGACGGCGUGGCCAACCUGAUCGACCGCCCGCGGGAAUGCAAAGCGAAAGAGAAGACCCUCUCCGUGCCUUCCCUCUCUCCGUCCCCCACCCUCUCCGCCGCCCAGGCGCUGGACUGCCGAGAGCCGGCCGUGGAGAGCGCCCCGUCUCUCCCGCCGGCCUUCCCGCCACCUUUUGAAAGCUGUUCCGCUGGCGGGGUGGGUCUCCCUCCUUCUAGUCCUCCUCCUCUGGCUCCUCCGGCCAUCAAACAGGAGUCAGACACUGACGCGCCCUGCCGGGGGCCCAGUCCGCUGGCCCCCCCAAAAUCAAGCUCCGUCUGCUAUUCUACGGACGAGUCAGCCCUCGGGCCCUGGCCCAGCUCGGACACGAAUCUCGACAGCGGCUCUGGCAGCGCCCCCGGAGCCAAGCGCUCUCCCGCCGGCCCUCCGGAUCCGUUCUUCAAAGGCUCUCCGCCAGCAGACGGGAGCCCGGGCCCCACCGCGUCCCCCAAACGACUCGGUGGAGGGGCCCUGAAGGAGGAGCCCGUAGAGAAGCCCGUGCAGUGCCCCCCGGGCACGUCCAGCGGGGAGGAGGAGGAGGACGACGACGACGACGAGAGCACGAGUUCGCCUUCGUCGAAUUCUUCGCGGCCCCUCAAAGUGCGGAUCAAGACCGUCAAGACCUCUUCCGGGAGCAUCACCAGGACGGUCACGAGGGUCUCCCUGGACUCGGAGCCCGGGGCUGCCAAGCUCCCGCCCGACCACGACUCCCAGGGGGCCCCCGGGGCCGAGGAAGCCGCCCCGCCCCCCGCCGCCCCCAAGAAAGGGGAGGGCGUGGCGGAGUCCCCCGGCCCGAAGGUGGCGGUGGCCGGUCCCCUGAAGGUGAUCGAGGGGCCGAAGGUGGUCAGCGUGCAGCUGGGCGACGGCACCAAGAUCAAAGGGACGGUGCUGCCUGUCUCCACCAUCCAGAACGCCAGCAGCGCCAUGCUGAUCGCCGCCAGCGUGGCCCAGCAGAAGGCGGUGGUGCUGCCCAGCAAGGCCGUGGCCAAGAACAUCAUCAGCCUGGUGCCGCAGGCCCUCCCCAAGGCCCCCGACGCCCGGAGCGGGGCCGGCUCGGCCGCCCAGCCAGCCGGGGCGACCCCCGGGGCCCACCAGAAGGUCAACGGCACCACGGUGGUGGUCAUGCAGCCCCAGAAGUCCUCGCCCACCGUCGCCGGCACGGUCAUCUCCCGCAGCCAGUCCAGCCUGGUCGAGGCCUUCAACAAGAUCCUGAACAGCAAGAACCUGCUGCCCACCUACAAGCCCAACCUGGCCCCCCCGGCGGACGCCAGCCUGGCCCUGCCGCCCCUCGGCUACCGCUGCCUGGAGUGCGGCGACGCCUUCGCCCUGGAGAAGAGCCUGGCCCGCCACUAUGACCGGCGCAGCAUGCGCAUUGAGGUGACCUGCAACCACUGCACCAAGCGCCUGGUCUUCUUCAACAAGUGCAGUCUCCUCCUCCACGCCCGCGAGCACAAGGACAAGGGGCUGGUCAUGCAGUGCUCCCACCUCGUCAUGCGCCCCAUCGCCCUGGACCAGAUGAUCGGCCAGCCCGACAUCACCCCCCUGGUCUCCCUCGCCUCCCUGAACGCCGGCAAGGCGGCCGCCCCACCGGGCGCGGCCCAGGAGGCGGUGGGCGCGGCCAACGGGGGCACGCCCCAGGACCUGCCCGUCCUGCCUCUGAACGGCGGCACGGAGACGCCCACCACCAACUCCUGCCAGUGCCUGGAGUGUAAGGAGCAGUGCAAAGACAAAGCCGGCCUCGCGGCUCACUACCAGCAGGCCACGCCCUCCUCGUCCACGGUGUGCAGCGCCUGCCCCAUGAUCAUGCCCAACCGCUGCAGCUUCGGCGCCCACCAGCGCAUGCACAAGAACCGCCCGCCUCACGUGUGCCCGGAGUGCGGGGGGAAUUUCCUCUUGGCCAACUUCGAGGCCCACCUGAAAGAAGCCUGCCUCCACUUCUCCCGGAGGAUAGGUUACAGGUGCCCGAGCUGCUCGGUCGUGUUCGGCGGGGUGAACUCCAUCAAGUCCCACAUCCAGAUGUCGCACUGCGAAGUGUUCCACAAGUGCCCCAUCUGCCCCAUGGCGUUCAAGUCGGCCCCCAGCGCCCACGCCCACAUCUACACGCAGCACCCAGGCUUCAGCAACCAGCAGUCCAAGAUGAUCUACAAGUGUGCCAUGUGCGAUACCGUCUUCACCCACAAGCCUCUGCUCUCCUCGCACUUUGACCAGCAUUUGCUGAACCAGAGGGUGAGCGUCUUCAAGUGUCCCGACUGCCCACUCCUCUUUGCCCAGAAGCGGACCAUGUUGGAGCAUCUGAAGAACACUCACCAGCCUCCCAAGCCCCAGGAGGAGCCCGCCAAGAAGCCCCCCGCUGCCCCCCUCACCCCCAAGCCAGAGCCGACGGAAGAAGAGUCCCCGCCCUCGGUCUCCAAAGUCUCGGAGUCGUCGUCUUCCUCCUCGGAGGACGAGGAGCCGCCCAGCUCCCCGGAGGUACGCAAGAGCAAGAGGGGCCGCUUCCAGCGCAAGCCGGAGGUGGGCAGGCGCACCCGGAGCAACGGCUGGACCUGCGGCAUCUGCCACUCCUGGUUCCCGGAGCGCGACGAGUACGUCGUGCACAUGAAGAAGAUCCACGGGAAGUGUGUAAAGAAGUUUCCGUGCCGCUUGUGUGAACGCUCCUUCUGCUCUGCCCCCAGCCUGCGGAGACACGUUCGGGUGAACCACGAGGGCAUCAAGCGCGUCUACCCCUGCCGGUACUGCACCGAAGGGAAGCGCACCUUCAGCAGCCGCCUCAUCCUGGAGAAGCACAUCCAGGUGCGUCACGGGAUCAAAGUGACCGACGAGACGCGGAGUCAGGAGGUGCUGAUCACCCGCCUGGGCGCCCGGAACUCGCAGGCCUCCAGCCGGAAACGCAAGCUCUCCUCCGACGAAGGAGACUCGUGCAGCGAGGAGCCGGAUAGCACCACCCCCCCGGCCCAGACCCCCAAAGGCGACCGGAAAGCCCUCUACCACUGCCGCAAGUGCGGCUACGUGGCCCCCACGGCGGCAGAUUUCCAGGAACACAUCCCCCAGCACCGGACAGGCGAGAGCGCCCACCAGUGCCGCGAGUGCGGCCUCUGCUUCACGUCCCAGGUCUCGCUCAACCGCCACCGCUUCAUCACCCACAAGAAGAAGCGGGGGGCGGGCGAGGCGGAGGAGCCCGGGGCCCGGGGCGAGCUCGAGGGGGGCUCCCCGACAGACGCCGAAGGGAAGCUCACCUGCACGGUGUGCGGAAAGGGCUUCGACACCCAGCUCAACCUGAAGACUCACUUCCGCACCCACGGGAUGGCCUUCAUCAAAGCCCGGCAGACCGUCGGGGCCGAGAACUAGCCGGGGGCCCGCCCGCCCGCUGGGGCGGUGGUCGCGGGGGGAUCCGUGUUCCCGGUGCGGAGCGGCGGGAGCGGCCCCGCCUCU